UGCACUUAUCACUCAAUACUCUGUACACCAUCAGUAUCUUACUGAACAUAUCCGCUUGAUACAACUCUAUUGUUUAAUACUGCAUAUAUCAGUCUACUCUUUCUGACCUAUUCAUCUACCAGCCUUAUGCUUUUUUCAAAUAUUACUCCAUCUACUGCCUUGGUUGUCUUGACCAUCGCAUCGGCUCUCUCUCUCGUCACUGCACAGUCACGUCCAGUUGAUGUUCCUGGCUCUAUUACCCCUCCCUCUCCAUCCGAUUAUUGCAAACAGUUUGCAAAUGCUGCACCAAGCAAAGGGGCUCAGUUUUCAUCUGGUCAGGGCUGCUCAUCAACUGUUCAAGGACUGAUUCCUUCAAACGACAAAAUGGUUUCGACAAUCAUCACCGCUCCCGAUGAUGGUGCUCGAGUUGAUCCUAGUGUUGAACUUAGUGUUACUUUUAUCGUACAAAAUCUUGAUACUGGCUUUGCAUUAAACCCUGACACUGAAUUCUUGCUGGCUCCGCAAACUAUUGGAAAAGAUUCUGGCUUUAUUGAAGGACUUGUCAAUCUUGUGAUUCAACAGCUUACUGGCAUUUCUGCUCCAGAUUCUCGCAACUUUUCCUUCUUUGUAUCUCUUACCAACCCUUCGCCAGACGGUUCGUACACAGUUACUGUCCCUCCUAAAACAUUAAAUGCCACGGGUGACUAUCGCAUUUGCACAAUGGCCACAUCCGCAUCAUUCCAUCCUGUCAUUAUGCCAGUCGCACAGCGUGGAUCACAGGAUGACUGCAUCCGAAUCACUGUCUAGACGACUUAUCUAAAGUUAAUUCGUAUUUUUGAUUUGUAGAUUCUAAACAAUCACUCACAUCCUGUUUUAUCGCUCAUAUCUUUCACUGUUACAUAAAACAAAACCUCUCAUUUAAAGGUACUAUCAAUAAAUACUUUAAGAAUACUUGUCAGUCAU